AGAGAGAGAGAGAGAGAGAGAGCAUCAUUUCCUGUAAAGAAGAUACGUUGCCACUGUAUACUGUGUGCGUGAGUAUAGGCUAACAGUUGAAGCUUAACCGUAAGAAGUGCAAGGCUUGUUUGUCCAUUGUUCUUGCCAGUUCAAGCACUUUUCCUUCACCUCCUUCACCGUCCUCCUUGUGCGGUCUCAGGAUGCCGCGCCCUCGCCCCCUACCAGGAACCGAAGGGCGGGUAAAGAUCUGGACCUCCUCUCUAACACUGAUUUGGGUAGCGGCGGCCGCGACACUCUUGGUGGCAACGAAGGGUAUACACAGCGAAAUAAUUCAUCCUUACACCUCAUCGGAGUGUACAAGGACAGAGACCUCUUUCACCUGCAAACUCCUAUCAGGCAAAGCGUACGAAUUGCUUAAGUUUGACUGGAUGAACUUCACCAAAGCAGAAAUUUACGGGAAGGGGAACAGCAUUAUCCUGCAGCAUCCUAAGUGCAGCAAAAAGAGCAGGGAGCUGCACAUCUACAACGCGUCACGAGUGGUCACCGAGAAACGUGAAGACGACUGCGGGAUUAUACUCAUUCUUAACAACUGCAAAGGCGUCAACGUUAUUGGCGGCGUGACCCAGGUGCGGAUGAUCUCUUCCCAGGCAGAGAAGGUGAUCCUUCCAAGAGUGACUCAGUUUGAUCUUGAAGACUCUACCGUCGAGGAAGUAUCUUUGACUGUUUACGAAAAAAAGUCGACUUUAGUUAAUUCAACAAUUGAACAGGUGACUUCGUUGGAGAUUGACGGUGACUUUCACUUCGAGAUGACAGACUGCACCCUAGGUUACGUUAAAAGUUUCAUAUACAAAAACAACUAUAAGAAUCCUCUGAUACAGAAGCUGACAGUCGGCCGUGUGUACCCCGAUGGCAUCCGAGUUUUAAGAGGCAGCCUGAAACUUGAAGCUAUGAUUGAUGUAGUAGAGUCACUCGGUAUACAGGUGCUGAGUGGAGCAAGCCUCUACUUGCAAUUCGGAAAAAUUCAAACUUUUUACGAUGACUCCAUUGAAAUAAUGUCAGACACCAAUUUAUCGAUACACAAGGUGACGUUCGGAAACCAUCCUUAUAUCUCUUUCACUUUUAAAGACGCUUCCAUCCUGGUGUACCCACUGUCGUUCUUGAAGGGUCCCUGGGUGGCGCCCAUGGGGUGGAUCGCCAUCGGUGUGGCUGUCGGUCUCGUGGUGGGCUGCGUGGCAACCGCAGCUCUGACGUACUUCGUCAAGAAAAAGUUCUUUUUCCGGAAAAGCCUGUAUACCGAUAUACUACUCACCAAAGAACAAUUCCCACUGCAGGCAGAAAAGGACAUAGAUUCAAACUGCAACAAGCAAGACUCACAAAAGGCUAUGCCAGCUCCGCCCAACCGCCCCCUACCGAAUGUGCCCCAUGAAACGAGUCCGGAUGAGUAUUAUGACGAAGUACUGUCAGAUUUGCCAUCCGCUCCUGCCGAAACGGCUCCCCAGCCAGGAGUAGCGCCAAGGCCUUCAUGUGCCUUACCAAAAGAAUCCCAAUUAACUAAGCCCUCGCUGUCUCUCAGCAUCAAAGACAGAUUUCGCGGUAAAUCAAUCUUUCUCCCGCCAGUAAAGAAGCACAGUAAACAAGGUUCCCGCGAUGCACUGCCGCCACCGCCGCCACCACUUGAAGAAGUCUACGACGACCCAGGGGACAUGAGCCUACAGUUUCCUCCCCCACCGCCACCCACCGUCAACAGACCUCAACAGCCAGUACCACUCCCGUCACCAGAUGAGGGCGAAGAACUGUAUGACGAACUGGAGGACAUCAGCGUACGGCCUCCACCAGCGCCACCAAAUGCCAACAAACCUAUACUCGACAGAGGGGGUGAAGAACUGUAUGACGAACUGGAGGACAUCAGCGUACGGCCUCUACCAGCGCCACCCAGUGCCAACAAACCUAUACUCGACAGAGGGGGUGAAGACCUGUAUGACGAACUGGAGGACAUCAGCGUACGGCCUCCACCAGCGCCACCCAGUGCCAACAAACCUAUACUCGACAGAGGGGGUGAAGAACUGUAUGACGAACUGGAGGACAUCAGCGUAUGGCCUCCACCACCACCAUCCAGUGCCAACAAACCUAUACUCGGCAAAGGGAAGCCAGCACCGCCACCACCCUUACGCAAACCCAUAAAACGAUAAAUGUGUAUGUGUGUAAUUCAGUUUGAUCUGCUGCAGUCUCUGACGAGACAGCCAGACGUUACCCUACGGAACGAGCUCAGAGCUCAUUAUUUCCGAUCUUGGGAUAGGUCUGAGACCAGGCAC